GGCUCAGAUCCGUGCCAGGCUUGUUGGACCUGGCCCGAUGGAAGGACUUGCAGGAGGACACACUCUUCCCCGGCACGAAGAAGCAGAAUCGGCGCUCCUCAGAGGAGAGAGAAGAUUGGAUGGAGGAGAUGAUCAUCUCCAAAUCUUUCGCCUCUAUCCACUCUCCUCGUUUGGAAGAGGCGCAGCGCGACCCUGCAACCUCCAGAACGAGACCAGAACCCUUCAGGAGAUCCCCCGUGUCCGGCAGCAAGUCCGGCACGCGGCCCCGCUUCUACGCCGAGCUGGUGCCUUUCUCCGACUCCGAGGACCACGGGGCACCGGACGAGUCCGCGCUUUCGGCGCACGCCUGGAGCGACCCGUGGGAUUGGUUCUUUCUGGAGGAGACGCCGCCAGCUCCGGCGCUCUCGCGGGGCCGCGAGGCGCCUCGGAUCCGCCGCCUGGAGGGAGCCCUUGGUUCGCCGUGGCUGGCGCAGUCCUCCCCGUCCUCAUCCAGGUCCAUGUCCCCGAGCCCGGAGUCGACCAGCGUCCCGGAGGACGCGGGCCUGUUCCGCAACAACUAUUGGCCCAAGACGCAUAGGAGCUGUCUGGGCCUCCUCUACGUGGAGCGUCGUGGGAGCGUCUUCUACCGCUUGGACUCCAUUCUGGGCGGCUUGUUGGUGGCCACGCUGGGAGGAUUGGUGCAAUACAGUCGGGAUCAUGGCUGGGAGUAUGCGCCGGACAUCCACCACCACUACGGCUUCCAAGCCUUGGCGGCGGGCGUCACCUUUGCCGUGGUCUUCCGCACCCAGCUGGCCUGGAAUAGGUACUGGGAGGCGGUGACGCAGCUGCACUUCAUGUACAGCAAAUAUGCGGACGCCUUUCAGCAGUUCUAUGCCUUCGCCGAGGUGACGAAGAAGAUCGCCCGGAAGGCUGGGGAUGAAGACAAGGUGGAGCUGGUCGAGGAGAGAAGGCUGAAAGCUGUCGAGAAGCUGGACCAUGAGAAGCAGCGCCGGCUCCGGGGGAACUUUGCGUUAUUGAGCCCUUCGGACCGACGUGCCUUCUCGGCGGAUCGCCUGAGCAACGGCGACAACCAGAGGAUGGAGGAGGUACAUUCGCAUCGGAUCCGCUCGAGGGCGGCCAUGCGGGUGGACAAGGAGUGGAAGGGCCGCUGGGCGUGGACCAGGGGCUUUUCGCUUCCAGACAUGGUCGAGCGGAGUGAGUAUCAGCGCUCCCAGACCCAUGACAAGGUCUAUGUCGUUUUCGAUCGACCCACACGGGAGCAGCUGGAAGUCCUCUCGCGGACCUUUGCCGCUUGGCGGUUUGCCCCGCCCAACCGGUCGGGCCUUCGCGCGGGCGCGGUGAAGAAUUGUGAACCCCAAGUCCGCGCGGGGAAGAGCGUGCAGACGCGAGGACAACAACAGCAGGACACCGUCUCCACGGUGAUGUACUGGAUCAUUUGGGACCUCGUGGACAUCACGAAGGAGUUGGACGUGGCUCCCCCCAUCCAAUCCAGGAUGUACCAGGAGUUGUCCAAUGGCAUGCUGGGCUUCUACAACUGCCUGAAGAUUGCAGAUGUACCGUUUCCACUGCCAUACGCGCAGCUUCUGGGGCUGUUGCUCAUUGCUUUCUCCUGCCUCAUCCCCUUCUACGUGAUUAUCUUCACAGCCAACCCGGUCAUCGGUCCGAUCCUGUGCUUCUUCCUCUUCGAGAGCCUCUGGUGUCUCAACGAGGUGGCGAAGGAGUUGGAAAACCCUUUUGGUCAGGACCUGAAUGACAUCUCCGUGGCGGAUUUCCACGUGCGCUUCGUGGACGUCCUGGAGGAUGUGGGGCUUCCGGAGCAUAACUCCGUCCUCACCGGUCCCCACGCGCCAGGCAGGGGUCCGAGGGUUCGGAGGGUUCGGAGGGGCACGCUUUGA